AUGAGCCUAGCUGAUAUUUAUAAAAUUGUAGAGGAUGUAGACGAGGUACCUAGUGAUAAUGAGUCAGUACUAGAUGAUCUGGACGCUGUUAUGAGUGAUGAAAUACCCAUUACUCAAGAAAAUGCUGACCUAAAUAAUGAUCUUUUCAAUCUUCGGAAUAUGGAUGUCAUUUUUGAGGACUUGAUCGAAGAUGAAACUGCUCUUUAG